AUGGCGCCUGGAGGUGGUCGUGGGAGAUGUGUAGCACGAGGUGCUAGAGUGCAACCCCCAAGAGCUAAGAGAAGAACUAGAGAGCCUAUCCAAGAGGCAGCUAGCGCGGUUGAAGGAAGAGAAACUCCGGCUCCACAAGAGAACUUUGAUGGAGCCCAAAUGAUGAGAGCAUUUACCGAGGCUCUCCAGCGUAUGGCCAACACCACACCACAACAGGCACAACAAUCUCUUCCUGGGGAGCCAGAGUCUCGUGCCAUUUCUGCCAUGAAGGAGUUUCGUCGCAUGAUGCCACCAAUCACAAAGGAUGGCUUCAGGGUGUCAUUUGCUGCUUAUCAAUUGGAGGAUGUUGCUGCUCUUCGGUGGGAGUCAAUUGAGAACACUAGAGGUGUGGCAGGUAUGACUUGGGCCACAUUUAAGAAAAUAUUUCUGAAGAAGUAUUUUCCAGAGAUGGUUAAAGACACGUUGCGAGAAGAAUUUUUGGGAUUGGUCCAAGGAAACUCUAUAGUUAUGGAGUAUGAAGCAAGGUUUACGGCACUUUCCCGAUUUGCGCUUGAGACAAUUUCAACUGAUAACUUGAAGGUGAUGCUCAAUGUGCUAAGUAAAUCAAGGAGCCCAAAAGUCAAGCGGUGGGAUUUUCUUUUCAACCUGAUAGUAAAAAGAGGGGCAGGGAAACAACUAAUGCAAUUCAAGGAAUUGAGUUGGUUAAAUGAUCAUAGUCUGUCGGGAGGGCAUCGAAAGUCUGAGUGCCCACUUAAGAAUCAGAGUCAAAGUGGAGGACCACGAAUUUGUCACCAAUGUGGUCAGGCGGGGCAUAUCCAACGCUUUUGUCCUAACACUCAGAGCUCCCAAGGAGUGAUUGGGUCACAUCAGUAUAGAGCUUCUCAGCACACUUCAGGCCGUCAGGGCUAUAGGCCACCUCAACAAUCCUUUUCUGCUCAGGGAUCUCGUGCUACCCAAGGGUCUAAACCUACUCAUAGUGCGACUACCACUCCCUUUGUUCAGAAGCCUAGGUCGGGAGGUCAGCAAGGCCGUGUUUUUACAGUUGCAGCUACUACAGCUCUAGAAUCUUCCGGGCCUUCUGUGGUCCGAGAUACUAGUGCAUCUCAUUCCUUCAUAUCUUCUGCCUUUGCUACUGCGUUGGGGUUGGAGAUAGACUUGUUAGACUCUUUCUUGUCUAUAGACACGCCUGUUGGAGGUAGAGUGAUUCUUAAUAGACAUAUCAGGCUACGAUUGAUUGUCACUGAAGAAGAGUAUCAGUGUGCACUCCAGAUGUUGUUGAUAAUAUUCGUUGGACCAUCGACCUUCAUUAUUCGAAACCAUUUCUUUGGAACCCUUAUUAUCGUUGGUUCAAAAGUUAGUUCAUGGAGCAUUAUAGUGGACUCUGUGGCACUGUUGGGAUCUUCUCAUGACUCGUGGGGAGUACCGCCUGUGGUUUGCAAGUAUCCAGAUGUCUUUCCGGAGGAUCUUUUUGAAUUGCCACCAAAGCGGGAGGUUGAAUUCUCAAUUGAUAUUAUACCAGGCACUGCACCUAUUUCUAUGGAACCUUAUAGAUUUGCACCAGCAGAGAUAAGGGAAUUGAAAGUGCAACUCCAAGAAUUGUUGGACAAAAGGUUUAUCCGACCUAGUACUUCACCAUGGGGAGCUCCAGCUUUGUUUGCUAAGAAGAAGGAUGGAUCAUUACGCCUUUGCAUAGAUUAUCGCAAGUUGAAUCGUGUUACCAUCAAGAAUAAAUAUCCUCUACCAAGAAUUGACGAUUUGUUUGACCAACUUAGAGGGUCUUGUGUCUUUUCGAAAAUAGACUUGAGAUCGGGAUAUCAUCAACUGAGGGUCAAGGAAGAGGACAUAGAAAAAAUGGCUUUUCAUACACGUUAUGGGCAUUAUGAGUUUUUGAUGAUGCCAUUUGGUUUGACAAACGCUCCAGCAGCUUUUAUGGACUUGAUGAAUAGCAUUUUUCAUGCCUAUCUCGACCGGUUUGUAGUGGUGUUUGUGGAUGAUAUUUGGAUUUAUUCACCAUCAAAAGAGGAACAAUGA